AUGUGGGUUUUGUCAUGGAACUUUUCCCAAAUUUUGCAACAGAUUCUGAACUUUGCUUUGGAAAACAGGGUAAACUUUAUAAGCUGGCACCGAUUAGAUCUUAUUAGACAGAUAACAGAUGUAGAUCCAGUUCUACGUGGUCUCCGAGACCAUGAUCUACUGACUGAGGAACAGUACAAUGAUGUGAUGGAAAAGAAAACAUCCCGGGAGAAGAUGGAAGCUCUGUGUGAUAUCAUCAGUCACUGGGAGGACACUGGGAAGUAUACGGCAUAUACACUUCUCAGGAAAUACAGUAAAGAAUUAAUCAAACACUUGGAAGAUGAAAUGAAGAGAAGAUCUGGGUUAUAUUACGUAGACAGGGUAAACUUUAUCGGCUUGCACCGAUCAGAUCUUAUUAGACAGAUAACAGAUGUAGAUCCAGUUCUACGUGGUCUCCGGGACCAAGAUCUACUGACUGAGGAACAGUACAAUGAUGUGAUGGAAAAGAGAACAUCUGAGAAGAAGAUGGAAGAUCUGUGUGAUAUCAUCAGUCACUGGAAGGACACUGGGAAGUAUACGGCAUAUACACUUCUCAGGAAAUACAGUAAAGAAUUAAUCAAAUACUUGGAAGCAGAUGAAAUUAAGAGAAGAUAUGGGUUAUAUCACUGGGACAGGGUAAACUUUAUAAGCUGGCACCGAUUAGAUCUUAUUAGAAAGAUAACAGAUGUAGAUCCAGUUCUACGUGAUCUCCGAGACCAUGAUCUACUGACUGAGGAACAGUACAAUGAUGUGAUGGAAAAGAAAACAUCCCGGGAGAAGAUGGAAGCUCUGUGUGAUAUCAUCAGUCACUGGGAGGACACUGGGAAGUAUACGGCAUAUACACUUCUCAGGAAAUACAGUAAAGAAUUAAUCAAACACUUGGAAGAUGAAAUGAAGAGAAGAUCUGGGUUAUAUUACGUAGUAGAUAAAGAUCACUUUGUGAACAGACACAGAUUUUAUCUGAUUUAUAAUAUAAAGGAAGUGAGCCCAGUUUUAGAUGAUCUUCGAUCCAAUCAUCUACUGACUGGAGAACAGUAUGAAGAUCUACAAGCGAUGACCACUCCUGAAGAAAAGAUGAGACGUCUAUGUGAUAUUCUCUGCCAUCAGUCAGACACAAUGAAGGAUCAGUUCUACAAUUCUCUCUGGAGAUACAACUACACCGCCAUCAGUGAUUUAGAAAAAACAGAUGAGACAUCAAAAUCAUUAUUUGACCACGUGUCACGAGCUGGAGAUCAUUUUAUAGACAAACACAAAGAGGAUCUGAUUGAACGAAUGCAAAAUGUGCUCCCAGUUAUAUGUGAUCUGUGUGAUGAAGGUCUGCUGAAUGAACAAGAGGAAAUUCAUAUAACGUAUACAUUAGAUCCAAAGUUCAUGAUGAGACGUCUGUAUGACAUCAUCAGACACUGGGAUGACGAUGAUAAGAAGGAGCUUAUUCAAAUUUUGUACAAGCACGAUCCCAGCGUCAUUGAAGAUUUGACAAUGCUGGAAGGUUUUUCCAAAUUAAAGGAACCUGAAACAAGUGAGGAGAACGUGAAGCCGCGGACGAGUUGUGUGAAGAUGACUGGAGGUGACAUCAGCUGUAAACAUUGCGGAGAGCAGACACAGGAUUCCGCCUAUCCAGUUAGUCCCAUUGGCAGUAUAUACCGAUUGGAGCUGAAAUCUCCCGGUCUCUACCGCUGCCAGAAGACUGGAAUCAAAUUCCUGGUGAAAGGUCCAGUUGUCAUUGAAUAUAAACUGGAUUCUUGGAGCGAUCACUUGAAACACAUUCCAGGAAAUCCUUAUGAGAUUUUGGGUCCACUAUUUAGCAUACAGAACCGUGGUGAACCUAAUACCGUGUCAGCCGUGUACCUACCUCAUUACCUGUGCUUAAAGGUAUUUGAUGAAGACCUAUCACAGAUUAAAUGUGCUCACUUUAGAGAUGGAAACAUGACACUGGAGUCACCGGCACAGAUUGAACCGUACUAUAUCACAUUAUACAAUCCCACAUUUUCCUGUCUGGGACCUCUGCUGUCACUUAUCAAGAAAAAGAUCCCGAUACAUGGAAGCGUCUUCAUUUACUUCAGGGUUCUAUGUAAAGGUGAUCCACAUGAGGAAUACAAAAUCCAUCUCUAUGUACUGCCCUAUUCCACAAAUGCUGAAGAGGUUUUGUAG